ACACGAUCCGCCCCUUGACAUCAUUAGCAUAGCACAAAUAAGAAGGAGUUUGACCAUGGCUCAGGACCACUCUCCUGGGAUUCCGGCUUCUUGACUUCUGUCUCUCGGCUCCUCCAUCCUCAAAACUGCAUCAUGGCUGGAGAAUUCACUGCUGACCAGAUUGAGGACUUCAAAGAGGCCUUUGGUCUCUUCGACAGAGUUGGUGACAACAAGGUUGCUUACAACCAGGUUGCUGACAUCAUGCGUGCCCUGGGUCAGAACCCCACCAACAAGGAUGUGAAGAAAAUCCUGGGCGACCCAUCCGCUGAUGACAUGGCCAACAAAAGACUUGACUUUGACGGUUUCCUGCCAAUGCUGAAGACUGUUGACACCCUCCAGAAAGGUACCAUUGAUGACUACGUUGAGGGUCUGCGCGUCUUCGACAAGGAGGGCAAUGGCACAGUAAUGGGAGCUGAGCUGCGCAUUGUGCUGUCAACACUGGGUGAGAAGAUGUCUGAACCCGAGAUUGACUCUCUCAUGCAGGGACAGGAAGAUGAGAACGGCAGCGUCCACUAUGAAGAUUUCGUCAAGCACAUCUUGUCUGUGUAAGAGGCCGCCCAUGUGGGAGUGGUGUGGAAGGCUGAACUAUAUCUGCAGACAUGGUGUCAGGACAUCCGAUCUGUUUUGAAGACCAAUCAAUAAAAAGGACUAUGGGAUGUCACUUUUAAACCAUUCUGGUUUAUGCCUUUUUGUCCACAUCUUUUGUUUCCCUUCCCUCCAUCGUUUUGGAAGUUACAUCCUCCUAUUAUGCAGUUCAUCCUCCUUGCCUUCUUGUUCCACCUGGGGCGGCUGUCCACAGUAGGAUGGAGAAGGAAAUGGGUAGAAGGAAAUGGCCGCUCAUGAAGAGAGGGUUUAUUUCCUCUUUCUCCACCCAUCCAGGGUCACAACAACACUGCUUGCUGUGUGUUAAAGGCACAUGACACUGCUGUGCCCAGGCCACCAAUAUUCUCCUAUCCCGAUUUUCACACAGUCAUUUCACAAUAAACUUUCUUCCAAAAGUA